AUGACGAAUCCCAUGAGAGAUGGGAGUGAGUUCAAUGCAUAUUGUGAUGUGAUGUGUGAUGUGAUGUGGAGGGUGCUGCCAGAUGAAGAGCGGAGACCGAAAGCGGAAGCGGAAGUUGAAACAGCCACCUCUAAGGAAGACACUGGAAAAAGAGACCCAGCGAUGCAGACCGUGCAGAUGCUAACUGCGGUAAAACCUGUGACAGUAACCUGUUUAAUCACCUGUUGUGAAUGUUUAUCCUCAGACAGAACCCUGCUCCAUAGAGAGGAUAUAUCCCGGCAGGGGGAGAGAGUGGAAUUCUGA